GCGGUGGUUAGAUUACGCGGGCCUCGGAGGACGCGUAUCUGAAGGCGCGGAUCAAAGUGCGCAGGACGCUGUUCAACGGGUUGAGAAGAACCAAGCAGACCUUUCGGAUUCUGAGUCUAGGAAUUUUAAAGAGACCUGUUCAAGGAGGAGAGCCUCCCCGCUCUGCUGUGGACCUGCCUGACCGAGGCUGGCGGUGAGCCCUGGCUCGUGGGCCCCACGGCGACCUUCCGGCGUUAAGGAAGUCGAGACGGCAGGGCCCCAUGGCGGCAAAAUCCCAGCUCAGCGCUCCCAAAACCCGGAGUCCCGGUGGAGCUGUCCGCGGCGGGGCGGCGUCUCAGGGACAGUGGGGCCGCGCCUGGGAGGUGGACUGGUUCUCCCUGGCCAGUGUCCUGUUCCUGCUGCUGUUCGCGCCCUUCGCCGUGUACUACUUCAUCAUGGCGUGCGACCAGUACGGCUGCUCGCUCACGGCCCCCGCGCUGGACCUCGCCACCGGCCGCGCCCGGCUCGCCGACAUCUGGGCCAAGACGCCGUCCGUGACCAAGGAAGCGGCCCAGAUCUACACCCUGUGGGUCACGUUCCAGGUGUUCCUGUACGUGGCGCUUCCUGACUUCUGCCACAAGUUUGUGCCGGGCUACGUGGGAGGCGUCCAGGAGGGCGCCGUGACUCCUGCAGGCGUCGUCAAUAAGUACGAGAUCAACGGCCUGCAGGCGUGGCUCGUCACGCACCUGCUCUGGUUCGCCAACUCCCACCUGCUCGCCUGGUUCUCGCCCACCAUCAUCUUCGACAACUGGAUCCCGCUGCUGUGGUGCGCCAACAUCCUGGGCUACGCCGUGUCCACCUUCGCGAUGAUCAAGGGCUACCUCUUCCCCACCAGCGCCAGAGACUGCAAAUUCACAGGCAAUUUCUUUUACAACUACAUGAUGGGCAUUGAGUUUAACCCCCGAAUUGGGAAGUGGUUUGACUUCAAGCUUUUCUUCAACGGACGCCCAGGAAUUGUUGCCUGGACCCUCAUCAACCUGUCCUUCGCCGCUAAGCAGCGGGAGCUCCACGGCCAGGUGACCAACUCCAUGGUGCUGGUCAACGUGCUGCAGGCCAUCUACGUGCUGGACUUCUUCUGGAACGAGGCCUGGUACCUGAAGACCAUCGACAUCUGCCACGACCACUUUGGGUGGUACCUGGGCUGGGGGGACUGCGUGUGGCUGCCGUACCUUUACACGCUGCAGGGCCUGUACCUGGUCUACCACCCUGUGCAGCUGCCCGCCCCCCACGCCGCGGGUGUCCUGCUGCUGGGCCUGCUGGGCUACUGCGUCUUCCGGAUGGCCAACCACCAGAAGGACCUGUUCCGGCGCACGGAUGGGCGCUGCCUCAUCUGGGGCAGGAAGCCCAAGGUCAUCGAGUGCUCGUACACGUCGGCCGACGGGCAGCGGCACCACAGCAAGCUGCUGGUGUCGGGCUUCUGGGGCCUGGCGCGCCACCUCAACUACACGGGCGACCUGCUGGGCAGCCUGGCCUACUGCCUGGCCUGCGGCGGGGGCCACCUGCUGCCGUACUUCUACAUCAUCUACAUGACCAUCCUGCUGACCCACCGCUGCCUGCGGGACGAGCACCGCUGUGCCAACAAGUACGGCAGCGACUGGGCGCGCUACACCGCCGCCGUGCCCUACCGCCUGCUGCCCGGAAUCUUCUAGGCGUCUGCCCAUCCCGGGGAGGACCCGGGCCCCGCCCUCAUGCCCGGGCUGGAGCCGCUCAGUGGGGCUGAUGCCCCCGCUCCACCCUCUGGAAGCCUCCGUCUCCUCUGCAAACUGGGAAGCGCCCGGCCCGAGGCAGGCACCUUGAAACAAUGUGUCUCUUCCCCACAUCCCCGGGGGCUGUAAGGGGCACAGCAGCCACCUCCUCACCAGCAGGAACGGCCGGUUUUCGGUGUCCGAGGACAGGAGGAUGGCUUGGUCCCCUCCGCCAGCUGGGCAGCGGCAGGGUCUUUCCCCGGUGUGGGUGACACUGAGUGGGAGGCCUCCCAGCUCCUGGGUUGGGAGCGCACGUCCUCCUGCUGGUUGAAGCGGAAGUGGCGGGGCGGGGCGCGUCCAGCCGCAGGUCACUGGCCUUCUGCCCCACGGCUGCGCUGGUCACCUGCUCUUGACCGUGGGCUGCUCCGCCAGCGUCUCUGUGCGGCAAACAUGAUGUUGAUCUUGGUGGAGAGGGCCUUCUUCUGGGCCAGGUACACCCUUUGUUUCCUUGUGGCUCACGGGCGCUGUGUGGGGACUGGCCUGAGGCCCCGGAGCCCCGCCCCCUCUGGCGCCCGGCUGCCCACCAGCACGUGCUCUGGAAGGGCGUUUCCUGCUGGCCGAGCGACUACUCGGCUCUGCCACCGUCCGGGGGCCUGCUGUGCCUUCUCCAGCGACGUCUGCACCCCGGCCUUGGGGAGGGGGCGUUGCUCCGAGCCUUGGGCCGCUCCCUCGACCCUCAGUUCUCAAAACUCCCUGUUCACGUCACUGCCCUAGGAGAGGACGAUUCUUUUUAUUAAA